UCGUCAGGUGCUCGUAUUUAGUCUGGCUGUCUGGGUGUUUUGUCCGAGGCCAAAUAUCUGACGGUUUAUGUAGCGCAAUAAUAUGCUGGUUGUAUCAUUGGGAUGAAAGAUAUGCCGAUGAUUUUUAUGGAAGGAAAAAAAAAAAAAAAAAAAAAAAAGGAAGUCGUUGCUCGCUGUCCACGUUCAUACCUUAGGCGUCAUUUCAGUCCCCUGGUUCCUGGUCUGAUCUGGUCUGUGCACCGUCUCAUAAGCAAGCGCGACCGUUGAAGCUAAUCGACAGCACAGAGAGAGAGGCGCGUGUCACUAGACUUGCUGUGUCGUCAUCGCUCUUUCUUUAUUUUGAACUCAAUGUUGAGCACGUAUUUACGCACUCGAUCCCAGGCAAAGGUGAGGUGAAGGUACUAAUAAAACUUACACUGCUACAUGUAUGUGCAUGAUUAUAGGCACGAAGCUUCAGUGCAACUGUAAAGAAAAAAAGUCUUUCAUCUCUAGGAUUCUCAACCUGAUCUACUGGUAAAUCAAAAAGCGUCAACCCUGAUUUUUUAUUGGAACCGUGAGCAGCAGGGGCUUUGACACGCACCUCGACUUGCCUACCUAGUUGGUUACCUACCUAGUUUCAAGCUCGAUCCAGUUGAGCUUCGACCAACUUCGCCUUGAUCGCAUCAAGCAACCUAAAAAGCAAUACCGAAAAACCAAAAGAAGAAAACAACAAAGAGAAGACAAAAAAAACCAUAUUGCGUCUUUUACGCAGUUUCUUACCCAGAAUCCAAAAGGGCUGAGGCAUCUGACAGAAGCUUCGCUAAGAACUCCCGCCGAGGUUCGUCAAGCGAGGUACCUCUACCAUCACGACUUAAAAUAUAGUCGGGUUGCUAGCAACCAUGGUUGGGUACGGAAAUGCUAUUGUCUCGCCGGACGAGAUUACAAAAGCAGAAUUUGAGAAGGCUCGCCGGGAAUACACAGCCCUCAUCCAAGUCAUCUCCGAAACCAAAGCCACCAUCACAAGAUUCAAAACCGCCCAAAAAACUCUGGCGGAGCUGGACAAGUGGCGUUACAAAGCGAUCCUGAAACAGCAAGAUGGGCAAUCAAGCCUCAGCUAUGAUGAUGUUCAACAGCUAGUCGAAUGGAAACUACGGCAUGGCAAGUUCCGGCCCAUGAUCCAGAAGUACAUUGAUUCCAACGACCCUGCUUCGGUUGAGUCUUGUAUCAGCGCCGGUCUCGCCAUAUACCACGAGACCAAGGAUGCCUCAGCCGGCAUGGCCGAAAUUGUUAAGCAUGUCAAGGGCAUGGGACCUGCCACGGCCUCGCUGAUGCUGUCCGUCUUCGACCCCAACAAGGUCAUCUUUUUCAGUGACGAGGCCUACCUGUGGCUGUGUUGCGAUUACACCAAUCCGUCCGCAUCCAAGAUCAAGUACAACAUGCGCGAGUAUCAGAAUCUUGACCGCGCCGCCCGCCUGCUGGCCGCGAGGCUAGGCGUGCGUGCCGUUGAUGUUGAGCAGGUAGCCUUUGUGCUCAUGCACAAGCAGUACGCCGCCGCCCGCGCCAUGCCCUCGCCCCCCGUAUCGUUGGCAAUAACGAGUCCGACGCCGCCCCGCAGCAAGCGCACCCCUUCGGAUACCAUCGCCAAACUUGAGAUGGACAAAGACGUGGUCUCAAGCGGUAAGGCCGACCUCUCGACAGGCGAGACUGUUGAUGCCAACAGGAUUGAUGAGAACGACGUACCCAUGGAGGAGGCGCCCCCGGUUGUGAAUUCCAAGCGAGUAGCAGCCGGGGGUAAGCCGUCGGCGCUACCAGGCAAGGGAGAAAAGAAGAGGAAAAACGGGAGCGUGGCUCCUGAGGAGCCCACUCGGCGGUCCACUCGGCUCAAGAAGGCUUAGUGAAGUGCCGUAUUUGGCUGGAAUCGGUCUAUAACUAUCUCAUGGACCAAGUUGGAGCUUGAAGAAGUCACAAGGUUGGAUGUGACAGUUUAGAUUGAAAGCAAGGGCAUAGCUUGCUUUGUCUGCCGAUAUAGGGUAUUCCUGCCUGUCGGCCCCUUGUCCGUGUUUUUGAGAGUGAUGGGUGCGGAUACGAGCUUGGUUAAGAUUUUGUAAUGCAGCGCGUAUGUUUUCUGGGUGGCGAGGAAUAUCACACGCAGCCUUUUCUUGAAGUAAUGUAUAAAAUAUAACAGAAGGCCUGUGGUCUUUGGUAUUUUCAUGACGGAUUGGAACAAAAUAUUUGAGCAAUUAGAGCGUUCAAAGAGUCCUGUUUUCUUCCCUCCAGAACACAUG